CAGCUCAGCAAACAGCCUGAGUCAGUUCCAGGAAGGGAAACACCCAAUUGCUGCUGCUGCAGGCGGGGCAUAUUUCCGAGCUCAGAAAAGUGAGACUAACCCUGUGACACUGUCCAGAGGGAGCCAUGGCCACAGACAACCCCGUGGAAAGUCUCCAGGAGGAAGCUAUGUGCCCCAUCUGUCUGGAGUAUUUUAAGGACCCGGUGACUAUAGAUUGUGGGCACAAUUUCUGCCGAGCCUGCAUCGCCCAGUGCUGGGAGGGAUCAAAUACAGACGUCUCCUGCCCUCAGUGCAGAGAAACUGUGCAACAGGGAAACCUCAGGCCGAACAGGAAGCUGGCAAAUGUUGUAGAAAUAGCCAAGCAGCUGAGUUUACAGGCAGCAAAGGGAGCAGGAGAGGAGAGGGUGUGUGGGGAACACCAGGAGACUUUGAAACUGUUCUGUGAAGAGGAUCAAACUUCCGUCUGUGUGGUUUGCCAUCUGUCCCGGGCUCACAGAGAUCACAGGGUGGUUCCCAUAAAGGAGGCUGCCCAGGAGUACAAGGAGAAACUCCAGGGAGCCCUGGGCCCUCUGAGGAAGGAGCUGGAAGAGGCCCUGGCUCUGAUGUCUAAAGAGGAGAAGAAAACCACAGUGUGGCAGGGGAAAGUGAAGAAUAGGAGAGAGAUGAUUGUAGGUGAAUUUAACAAACUGCACACACUGCUGAGAGAGGAGGAGCAGCUGCUUCUGCAGAGCCUGGAGGAGGAGGAGAGGGAGACUCUGCAGAGACUUCAGGAAAAUGUAACCAAACUCUCCCAGCAAAGCUCCUCUCUGCAGCAGCUGAUCACAGAGCUAGAGAAGAAGUGUCAGCAACCAGUUGUGGAGCUGCUAAAGGAUGUGAAAAGCACAUUGAGCAGGAGUGAGAAUGUGAAACUCCAGGAACCAGAAGCUGUUUCUACUGACCUGAAGAACGUGUAUAAAAUUUCCCUUGACAUGAGGGAAGCGCUGCAGAGAUUCGGAGUGGACAUGACUCUGGAUCCAGACACGGCUCAUCCCAAACUCGUCCUGUCUGAGGAUCGGAAACGUGUGAGACUUGGAGCCAAACGCCAGGAUCUGCCUGACAACCUUGAGAGAUUUGAUCCUUGUGUCUCUGUCCUGGGCGCUGAGGGGUUCGCGGGCAGGAGGCGUUACUGGGAGGUGGAGGUGGGAGACAAGAUGAGAUGGGACCUGGGGGUUUGUAGGGAAUCUGUGAGCAGGAAGGGGAAGGUCACACCCACAGCUAGGAAUGGAUACUGGGUCGUGGUGCUGAGGGAUGGGGGAUACAAGGCCCGCACCUCCCCCUCCAUCCCCCUCCCCGUGAGCGUCAGGCCCAGCCGGGUGGGGAUUUUCCUGGACUAUGAGGCAGGCGAGGUCUCGUUUUACAAUGUGACUGACAGGUCCCAUCUCUUCACUUUCACUGACACCUUCUCCGGGAUGCUCCGCCCUUAUUUCAGUCCUGGUCUCAGCGCUGGGGGUACAAACGCGGCUCCCCUGAUAAUCUGCCCGGUCCCAGCUCAGGCCAGAGGGAAUCUCUGUCCCUGACAGUGACCCCAUGGCACAGACUGGCCCCUCCCAGCCCUGCUGCUCUUCCCGCCCCCGUGGUGGGGGCCAGUUACUACAGCAACUGGACUUUCUGUGCUGACCGGACGCUGCCAGUUUCCCCUUUCAACUGGAGUCAAAAACUGGACACCUGGCAACCCCCAGCCCUCACCUUCCCCAUCCUCUGCCCCAGGGGUAGCAGACAAUGGUGGAUGAGAGACAUUUACCCCUGUAAGAAUUUUCUACAGUGAGAUCUCAAUGUAAAAUAUGAAAGAAAAAAGAUUUAGAAAAUAUUGUAACAAGGUGUAAAUACAAUAAUAUUUUAAUUUACAUUUAAACGGUACUUCAAAAACAAGCAUGUAAACAUUUUUAGAAAUGGAAUUAUUUACAUUAUUUAUUUUUUGAUUCUUCCCUCUAAUCUAUAUUGAAGUUUAACUUCUCUAAAUAACGUCAUUUGUAUUUCAACUGUGGAAUAUAAGAAAUGCAAAAUAUUUAUCUUAAAAUAAAGUAUUAAAUUCUCAGACUGGGUUGUUCAGUUACAAUGUACAUGUGUUAUAAACAUCACAACUACACACAUGUGCAGCUGCUCUCUCUGUUUCCCCCUCACCCGCUUUAUUGUCUUGACUGGUUCUCCCUGGCAGGCAGAGCACAUACACCCACCU